AUGGCUCGUCGUGUGAAUAAGAAGAAGAAUGUGAAAGCAGGAACCGUUUAUCAGGCUCGAAGAAUAGACGGACAACUUGGAAAUAGAGUUGGAGAUGGAGCCCGUAACAAGUCAUCUCGUCAACGAACGCAAGCGGUGCUCUAUCAAGCUCCAACUCCAACCAUCAUUCAUCGUAAGACCGCAAAAAAUGCCAUCGCCAAGAAAACCGUGAAGAAAGGGGUAAAACCAUCCAAAAAGACAUCCAAAGUUUCCGCAAAAGUCGUCAAGAAAAUCGGGAAAAAGGCGGCCGGAACGAAAGUGAAGACACCAAAGGUGAAAAAACCAACAAAGAAAGGAAAUGACCGUUUGACGCCACGUGUCAUCACUGAAUACGAUGAAAAUCCAUUCUUUGCUGAUGCCGAAGUCCCAGAGUAUAUCAGUGCAUCGGUAUAUCAUCGAUGGAUUACCAGAGCCGUUCUCAGGGAGAAUAUGAAGGAAAUCAAGGAUUAUUACAAAUCUAAAAAAUGCCAAAAGUCGGCAAUUUAUCAACCAUUUGCCUACACUUACGAUGCAUCAGCCUGUUAUGAAGCAUGCAAGAAAGAUGUGAAGUUUGCCACGGAGUUUUUCAAAAUGAAUCAUAAAAUGGAGACUGAUGACUCGUAUCGCCCAGGACGGGAGCCGAAUUUGUUGGAAUAUAAAACAACUGGUCGCAAAAAUCACUACAUGAUCGGUCGUCACACUCGACAAAUCGAGAUGGGACGUGGUGGAAAAGAAGGAAAUAACGCUCUUCUGAAUUAUUCCUCUCGUAACGAUGAACCUGAUCCAUUGACUCGUUUGAUUCAGGAAAAUAUUCAAUACACAAAAUUAUUCCAGCUAUGCAAGAUUCAAAACGGACCAUUCGAUGAGAAUCAACUGGAGUCUCACUUCGUUACUGCUGUUCGUAUGGGCCAUCGUGAACUGGCAUCUGCUUUGGCUCAAGGACCUGCUAGAAAUCACUGUAAUGAUCUUCAUCGUUGCACACUAAAAGAUCAAAAACUUCCUGCGAAGAUUCUGCCUGUUUCCGUUGCCAAGAAGGCAUUCAUGAACAAGAACGUGACUCCUCUCCAUUCAGCAGCCAUCUCCAACUCGACUCAUAUGCUCGAAGCAAUGAGAACUGUUUAUCCAACUAUCAAUAUUCCAGAUCAGGAUAAUUGGUAUACUAUUCAUUAUGCAGCAUGUGCUCCUGGAUCCGCUCCAGUAGAGUACUUACUGAAAAACGGAGGAUCUGUUUCAAUGUUGACAAAACAAACAGAGACACCGCUACACUGUGCUGCUCGUGCAGGUAGAGCUGCAAAUUGCACAUUUUUGAUGAAGGAAAUGCUGGAAUUGGAGAAGGGAGACGAUGGAGAGAGCACAAUUAGACCGGAUCGUUCCAUCGUCAACGCCAGAAACCGUUCUGGAAAUUCUGCUCUUCAUUUGGCAGUUCUCAAUAAUCAAUUGGAUGCUGUUGAUGCUCUGCUGGCUGAACCAACAAUUCUUGUUGAUCUCCCUACUUCCACUGGAUCCAAUCGAGUCACUCCCUUAAUGCUUGCAUGCGGAAAGGGUUAUCUCGAAAUGGCGAAGAAACUUUUUGAAAAAGGAGCGCUUGUUGAGGCGAAGGAUAAGAAAAAGAGAACACCACUGAUUCAUGCAAUGCUCAACGGACAAAUGCAUACUGCAGCCUUCCUUCUGGCUAAGGGAGCCAGUUUAUUCUUAGCAGACUCAUCUGGAAACACUGCUGCUCACUACGCAUCUGGUUAUGGAUUCAUGGAUUGCUUGAAGAUGUUGGCUUCGAUUGAUGAGGAAAUUCUUGCAACACCAAAUGAUUGGCAAUUGUAUCCGUUGUCAAUUGCUUAUCUCAAAGGACAUUAUGGAAUUGUGUCAUGGCUUUUGGAAGGACAACACAAGGAAAAGGCAAAUAUCAAUGCAAAGGAUAACAAUGGAGCUACUUUGCUGUCGAACUUAAUGUCGUAUGCUGACGAGAACCUGCAUAAAGAUUUGACUUCACAAAUUGAGUAUUUGGUAGCUAGAGGUGCCGAUUCAAGUAUCCCAGACAGCACUGGUCAAACUCCUCUUCAUCUUUUUGCUCAACAACGUGUCAUUUUGAAGGGAUCCGGAGAAGCUCCAGAAAAAGACGCUACCCGGAUGACACUCAAUGACUACAAAAAGUGCUUUGACAUCCUCAUCCGUUCUGGUUCCAACGUGGAAGCUUAUGAUCAUCAGGACAAUACUCCACUUCAUAUUGCUCUCUCCAACGGAAACUUGAUGUUGUUCACAAUGAUGCUUGAGAAAGUUCAAGAUAAACGUAGACUUUUCGAGAAAUGGGCCAAUCACCAGAAUUUCCUCCACGAGAUUCUGGCUCUUCCAAUGAAAGUUUACGGAGAUCAAGUUCUUUGGAAGGGAGAGACGCUGACGAAACCAGCAUACGAUGUUCUUCCAAUUUUGAGAGAUCUUCAUGACACACUUCCAGAUUUGUUUGUAAAAUGGAUUGAUGAAGUUAAUAAAUCGGGAUAUUCUCCUAUCGUCGAGGCUGUGAGGCAAUAUCAAGCAUUGGCACCAAACAAACAAUUGAGAGGAGAAAUCAAUCAGAAUGUAAGAAUGGCACGAGGCCAACGUACGUUUGGACACCAAAUGAACGCAAAACAGGCUCCUCAUAUUGACUCAUAUGAGCUGAAGACAUUCCUCGCUUCUGUCAAUGAACUCUUCGAAUGGGUCAUCCGACUUGGACCAUUCCAACUCACACAAAGAUACAUCAAUGCUGAAAAUGCUGCAGCUGUCACACUUGCUAAACUUGCCAUGAGCGUUCCGUUGGAGGACGGAAAAUUCCAAGAAAAUCACUUGGCUCUUUUCAAAAUGCUCAUUAAAUUGAGCAAAGAAUACAAUAAUAUCGAGCAGUUCCUCACUCAGAGAAAUGAAAAAGAUGAUCUGCUGAUUCUCGAAGCCAUCCAAUUCGAUAAACCACGUGUCGUUGAACUUCUUUUGGAUACUGCCACUGAAAUGCAUUUGAUCAACGGAAUUCAUAAUGCGAUUCGUGAAAAAGAACUUGAUCAAGUAGUCAAUAAGACCAUAAUUAUGUAUCUGAUUGAAAUGAGAAUGUGGGAUUUGCUGCCAAAGUUGAAUGCGUCGAACGAAUUCUGGAAAAAGAAGGAUGAAAAAGGAAACAGCAUUUGGCAUUACACUGCAAGAAUCAACAGUCACAAAACUGUUUCGUUGUUCAAAAUGAUUGAAGCUAAAGGAGUUCCAAGAGAGAAUAACAUUGAUGGAAGAUCGGUUCUCCACGUUGCUACACUCGCUUGUGACGGAUCAGCUAAUUCGGUGUUGGAACCAAUCGCUUGGUUAUCUACACGUUGUCCGAUUGAAGCUGUUGACAAAUACAAUCGUACUGCACUUCAUUAUGCAUUCGGAAAUGAGAAUGAUUUCAAAGAUGGAAAUGUUCCAUUUGGAGAGAGUGAUCCCAUUGCAGUUGUCUCUCUGUUGUCUUCUUUGGUUCGUCCGGAUCAAAUUGAGAUUGCUGAUUGCAAUGGAAACACAAUUCUUCAUUUGGCUGCUCUCAAAAACUCAACAAUUUGUCUUAUGACACUGAUUAGGAAGAAGUGUCACGUAGACUUGAAGAAUAAUGAUGGAAACACUCCACUCGCAUUGGCCGUUUAUCAUGGAAGACAAUCAUCAGCUCUGACUUUGAUUCAAGCGAAUGCUGAUGUUACUGAGAAGAUUUUCGUGAAAGCUGUCAAGCCAAACGCUUUCGGACAACAAGACAACACUGCCAAGGAGAAAGAAAACUACUGGAAAUGGAAUGGAAAGGAAAAGAAGAUUGAGGAGGACUUGUGUACAACAAUUCCAGCUACAGUAGUCAGUAAGGGUGGUAGUUGGGAAGCUAUGGUGUACGUCCUUCUGGAUGUACUUGGACAAAAUACCAACUCAAUGGCCCAAUUGAUAGAUGCUGCUUUGCGAAGAGGACAACUCAAUUUGGCAAAUCAACUUUUAAAGUCUGUUGAAGCUCUUCUGGAUGGAGCUGUUCUCAAUUCCAACUAUGAUCUUCUCAACACUUUUGCUGAAAAAUGCUUCGGAGCAUUGACCUCUGAGGAGACAAUUGAGAGAACUGUUUUGAGUAGAAUUCUCACGACACGUGGACUUGGACUCAACCAGCCAGAAACCCAGAAAAUCAUUCGAACUGGAUUGCAACAUGGUAACUGGAAUGUGCUUAACUUCUUGAAAAAUGAAAUGGGAGCCACUGCAUGGAAGAAUCAGAAAAUGGAGAGCCCAUCUGAAAACCCGAUCAGAUCUCUUAUGAUCUAUAUGAAUGAGAAGUCGGUGACUUCUGAUGCUGUUGGAUUCUUGGAGGAGCUGAAAAACAUGCCACGUAUCAAUAUUGAUGCCCUUUGUACACUUGAUAUACCUGCCAAAUUCAAGAAUCUUUUGGAAUUCGGAAAUCUUCCUGCACUUUCAUUCGCUGUUCUUCAAGAAAAACCUGAUAUCAUUCGGGCGUUGAGAGCUGCUGGAGCCAGUCUGAAAGUCGCUGAUGAAUUCGGAAGAACACCUCUGAUGUAUGCAAUUAUGACGAAUAAUCGAUCAGUUGUUGAAGCCAUUGUUGGUGAUGGAAAACUGGCAGUUGUACUUCCAAAACAGCCUCCAAUCCAAUCAAAAGGACCGAGAUGCGUCGUAGUUCCAAUGCGUUUCGGAGUGACUGGUAGAUCCUUUCUACCGACUAGCGCCUUUCUACCGUCGACUGCUGCAGCAGCCGCAGUAGCGUCAGAUUCCGAAUCUUCUGAUGAAGAUGAGGAUGACUCGGAGAAAGAAGAUGAGGCAGAGGAAAACCAAGAUGGAUCAGGAAAUGAGGAAUCUGGAGACGAAGAAGAGGACUCACCUCCUCCAACGAAAAAAGCGCGUGUUGAGAAAGAAGCGGGACCAUCAUCUGGACCAAACAGAAAGAAGUUGAAUAUCACUGAUCCGUCGCUUUUCUCUGCUCGUGACAACCGUGGUUAUAAUGCUCUUCACUAUCUCAUUGAGCCACUUGCUUGGGAAAAUGUGGAACUUCUCGCCGAUUUGGCUGCUUCCAAUAAGAAAGCAAUUAUAGAUUGUUUGAUUGAUAAGAGAAAUCCAAAUCCAAUUGAGUUGGCCGCCAAGAAUAUGAACAGAAAGAUCAAGAAUGAAAUGUUGAGAAUUGUAAAGGCAUCCUCCUUGCCAAGACCUGUCAAAGACACCAAACUCACAAUUCAACCAGUCGACAUUGAGCCAUUAAGUGAUGUAGAUGCAGAUGCAGCCAAUUUCCUUGCCAAAUGGGCUGCUGAAAACGACAAGAAAAAAGCCAAUGAGGCACCGAAACCGCACGUCAGCUCUACGUAUUCCACAUCUGGAACUGUUAGUUUCUGCGAGGAAACUCAACAAUACUUCAAUAUUCUGAUGAAUAAGACUGAUUUGAACUACGGUAGAUAUGGAUUCCAUAACUUCUACCGCAUGCAAAUUAUUAAAAGAAGAGAUGCUGAUCUUUACAUUCUGUUCACUAACUGGGGAAGAAUUGGAAUGGGAAUGGGAGAAUUCCAGACAACUCCAUUCAGCAGUUUGGAACUCGCCGCUAAAGAAUUCAAAUCAAUUUUCAAAUCGAAGUCUGGAAACGAAUGGUGUCCACUGGCCAACUUCCACGAAAUGUCCAAAAAAUACAGACUUGUUGAAACUGACAACACUCCAACCAAUCUCUCGGAAGUCGAAUUGGCAUGGAAGAAAAAUACAGAAAAAGACACGAUUCGCAAGAUGAUUGCUGACAUCAGUGACUCUAAAACUCUGAAGCAAUACGCAUCACAAGUGCAAAUGUAUGGAAGCAGUCAACCAUUCGGAAGAUUUACGAAGGAAAAUAUUGAGAAGGCAAAGUUGGUUUUGGAUAAAUUGGAGAAGAAUGCAAAGAGAAUCAAGCAAAUGGCAGAUGCCCAGACUGUUCUGUCAGAGUCAAACUUGUUGGAUGCUUAUAUUACAACGAGUGAACUCUCUAGUGAUUACUACAAUCUGAUUCCAUCCGGCGAUUUUGAGUACAGUAAUCUCACUCGACUUGACAGUGUUGAAGAAAUCUCCAAGCACCGUGCCCGUCUCAAUCGUGCUCAAGAAAUCGAGACUGCUACCCGUCUUCUCUGUGGAGCUGAAUUCCGUCAGGAUCUUGAUCGUGUUGACUACAUCAGAAGUGCGAUGCAAUGCGAAUUCCGUAUGGAAACUCCAGAAUCCGACAUCAGUCAGAGAAUUCUUCAAUGGAUUUACAAUAGCGGUGGAAAGCAAAACAAGGUCAAAAUGAUUUUGGAAAUUGCACCAAAAGAGUCCACAACGAAAUUCGAACCAUUUUUGAAUGACGACAAUCAGAAAUUCUUGUGGCACGGAACCAAGGCAACGAAUCUAAUGAGUAUUCUGAAGAAUGGAUUCCUGGUUGAUCCACCAAGUGCAUGCAGAAACGGAAGUCUUUUCGGAUCUGGAAUCUAUUUGGCUGAUAGUUUCGAAAAGAGCACACAUUAUUGUCAACCAUCUGCUGAAGGUGUCAAUUAUAUGCUGAUUUGCCAGACGGCACUUGGAAAAGUUCGAGAAAUGAACACAUUGCCGUAUCGAUUCAUGAGUCAGCCAAGUUCUGAUGCUGAAAAGGGCGAGGAUACUCUUCAUUACAUCGGAGAUAACUUCCCAUCCGGUAGUCUAACAAAUGACGGAAUCGGAAUGCCUCUACUUCCACUUCGUAAACGUGAUGAAAUCUCCAGCGAUCAAUAUGGAUACCAGACACUCAACUUCUCCGAAUACAUUGUUCGUAAUCCACAUCGUGUUCUCCCGAAAUACAUUGUGAUUUACAAAUAA